AUGCAGCCAGUACCGUUUGAGAGCGCGGCUCACCCUCCCCCGCUGCCCACAGACACCAUUGCACAGACAGGGUGAGAGGGAGGGGGAAGGAGAGAGAGAGGAGAUGAGAAAGGGAGAGCGAUAGUCAGCACCAGAGAGAGAGAAACAAGAUUCAGCCGGAGAGAGAAGAGAAAAUAGCAGUAGCCAAACGGACAAAGGAAAACAUGGAUGUAACGGAAAAACGUCCUUUAAAACAAGCACAUGUACCGGAGAGGAUGCUUUGGUGGUCCUGCACAUAGUAGGGGGUAGCUCAAGGACUCUUCCUCCCGUUUUUAAUGUUGCGGGUGGGGACGCAUGGCAAGCUAAAAAGGCGGAAAGCUUUCUCUAAUCCGUCUGCGGAUCCUGCCUGCUUGCAAUGGCUGUGGCGGUGCGAUGCUGUUGCAGCAUAACUCAGAAUGUGCCUUUUACUUUUUAUUUGGUAAUUUUUGUACUCAGUGGCCUUACAAAUGCACAAAUACGAUACACCAUUCCGGAGGAGCUAGAGAAUGGGGCAGUGGUCGGCGACAUUGUUCGUGAUUUGGGUCUGGACCUGCAAAAGCUCUCCUCCCGACGCAUCAGAAUCACCUCUGACAGCGCACGGAGAUAUUUCAACAUAAAUCAUAAAAAUGGCAAGCUGUCGAUGAGUGACCGUAUCGACCGGGAGACGCUGUGUGAAUUCAGCGGCACCUGUUUCCUCAACCUAGAAGUGGUGGUUGAGAACCCGCUUGAGGUGCAUAAUGUGGAGGUGGAGAUUCUGGAUGCUAAUGACAACUCGCCACAGUUCCCCCGGGACGAGUACCAGCUGGAGAUCUCAGAGUCCGCCAUAACUGGGUCCCGGUUCCCCAUCGAGGGCGCGCAGGAUGCAGACGACGGCUCCAACUCGGUUCGUCUCUACCGGCUCAGCAACAACGAGCAUCUUGCGCUGGACUCCAACAAGCCCGCCGCAAACAGCAAGAACAUCCAGCUCGUGCUCAAAAAGCCAUUUGACCGUGAGCAUAAACCGUCUCAUCAGUUGAUACUGACAGCUGUCGACGGAGGCACCCCUGCGCGCACAGGCACAGCCAAAAUCAACGUGCGUGUCCUGGAUUCCAACGACAACGUGCCCGCGUUCGACAACUCCGUGUACAAAGUGAAACUGUCGGAGAACUCGCCCAAGGGCGCUCUGGUGAUAAAGUUAAACGCCACUGACCGGGAUGAAGGCACAAACGGGGAGGUGUUUUACUCUUUUAGCAGCUACACCCCAGAGAGGGUGAGACAAAUGUUCACCAUGGAUACAGAUACAGGAGAGAUCAGAGUGAAGAACAACUUAGACUAUGAGGAGACUAACUCCUAUGAGAUGUACAUACAAGCUAUGGACAGGGGUCCUUCUGCAGUGGUCGUCCACUGUAAAGUGGUGGUGGAGGUUUUGGAUGUGAACGACAACAUUCCUGAAAUCGUGCUGUCGUCUCUUUCCAGCCCGGUCCGUGAGGAUGCACGGGCUGACACCGUGGUGGCUCUGAUCAGUGUUAAUGACCGGGACUCCGCCCAGAACAAACAGGUGACCCUGGAGAUCCAACCUGGCGUCCCCUUUAAGAUCAAGUCCUUCCGGAACCACUACACCUUGGUCACCGCUGCCUUCCUGGACCGUGAGACCAUCUCCACCUACAACGUCACAGUAACCGCCAUCGAUGGGGGAACCCCGGCCCUGUCCUCACACAUGACCAUUAAAGUUGAUGUGGCCGAUGUCAAUGACAACCCUCCCCGCUUCGAACAGACGUCCUACACAGUGUACAUGACGGAGAACAAUGCGCCCGGCGCCUCAAUGUGCGUUGUAAAGGCUCUGGAUGCAGACACUGGGGAGAACGCUCGCAUCACCUACACUGUCCUCAAUGACAACAACCACGGCAUCCCUGUGGCGAGCUACGUCAGCAUCAAACCCGACACGGGUGAGGCCUAUGCCCUGCGAGCCUUCGACUUCGAGAAGCUCAGAGAGUUCCACUUCCAGGUGAAAGCCCAGGAUGGUGGCGUGCCGCCCCUCAGCCGCGUGGCAACAGUCUACGUUUACAUCAUGGACCAGAACGACCACUCCCCUAGGAUAGUCCAUCCUCCAGCCAAUGGGACGCGGACCACCGAGACGCUGAUGAAGAACGCAGAGGCGGGGGCUCUGGUGACCAAGGUGGUGGCGUGGGACGGGGACGCAGGUCAGAACGCCUGGCUGGUGUAUGCCCUGGAGCAGACCACCUCCGAGCUGGACCUGUUUAAAGUCCACGAGCACACGGGGGAGAUCCGCACCACGCGGCGUGUCAACGAGGACAACUCCACCUCUUUCCUACUGACCGUGCUGGUCCGCGACCAUGGCCUCCCGCCUCUCUCCUCCACCGCCACCAUCAACGUGCACGUCAUGGAGCUGCCACCCAAGUUGACCCCCGACCCCAAGCGCAUCAUCAGGCCUCACAGCCCACUGCUGUUCUCCAACGUGACACUCUACCUGAUCGUGGCCCUGAGCGCCACCACCUUUGUGUUCCUGGUCACCAUUGUGGUGCUGGCCAUCGUCCGCUGCCAUGCCUACUGCACCCAGCCCGGCUCCUGCUCCCCCUGCUGUGUGUCCCAAAAGAGCGUCCCCGAGGGGGGCACUUCGGCUGGCGGGGGUGGAGGGUCAUUGGGUCGAGGUGGUGGUGGUGGUGGGGGAGGUCAGGGUCAACCCAACAACAAUGUUGCUCUGCGGAGAGACCUGAAAGUUGAGCCUCACUACAUCGAGGUGCGGGGGAACGGCUCCAUGACCAAAACGUACUGCUAUAAGACAUGCAUGACAGCCACGUCGGGGAGCGAUACCUUCAUGUUCUAUAACACGGGCCGGCCCCACAGUGGCACCUGGAGCUCCGGGGGAUAUGUCACCAGCCAGAGUGGACAGAGCCAGAUGUUUGUACGCAGGCUCAGCAUGCCAGAUGCAACCGCCAUACAGGUGUGUGUGUGUGUAUCUCUGUGUGUGUGUCCUGUUAUCACAUCCCAACAACACACACCAUCCACAAUACACUGAGAAGCUAUUUCAUGCAUUGUUUUUUGGGGAGGUUUUAGUAUUUGGGUUUUGCCCCACAGGCAAUGUUUUGUGGAACAGUGGUGUUUGGAAUUUAGAAUUUCAAAGAAGGUGAGGGGUGUGUGAGGGCUUUCAUAUUUUUUGUUGGGUUUAUGCAAUAUUAAAGGGAAAAUCCUCUCAAAAAUUUUUUUUUUUCAUUAGUCCACUGUUGAUACAGUCACAAAAUGUUUUGCAUUUUAGCAGUCAAGUUUUCAAGAUAUUGGGCAUUGAAGAAGCAAAGUGUCACCAGCCACAUCAGAAUUUUGCAUCAUCGUGAUGGUUUGGCAAGUUACACUUUGCUUCUUGAAGCCCAAUAUCUUAAAAACUUGACUGCUGACAUGCAAAACAUUUUUGGACUGUAUCAUCAGUGGACUAAUGAAGAAAAUACCAAACGUUUUUGAGUGGAUUGUACCUUUAAGCAGCGCUCUUUUUUUAUCUGAUUUUUAAAAUCAUUUUUGGCAGAUUUGGACAUUGCAUAAAUCAUUUACACUGAGUGUUUUACAUUUAAGUCAUUUAGCAGACACUCUUACAUAUCUUUUUUUUCUCCAUUUUUUUUUUUCAUACUGGCCCCCCGUGGGAAUCGAACCAACUGAGCUACACGGGGCCCAUGACAUAGACUGACCAGGUGAAUCCAGAUGAAAGCUAUGAUCCCUUAUUGAUGUCACCUGUUAAAUCUACUUCAAUCAGUGUAGAUGAAGGGGAGGAGACAGGUUAAAGAAGGAUUUUCAAGUCUUGAGACAUGGAUUGUGUAUAUGUGCCAUUCAGAGGGUGAAUGGGCAAGACAAAAUAUUUAAGUGCCUUUCAACGAGGUAUGGUAGUAGGUUCCAGAAGCACCGGUUUGAGUGUGUCAAGAACUGCAACACUGCUGUUUUUUUCACGCAAAACAAUUUCUCAUGUGUAUCAAAAAUGGUCCACCACCCAAAGGACAUCCAGCCAACUUGACACAACUGUGGGAGGCAUUGGAGUCAACAUGGGCCAGAAUCCCUGUAGAAUGCUUUCGACACCUUUUGACACCAAUGAAUUGAGGCUGUCCUGAGGGCAAAAGGGGGUGCAACUCAAUAUUAGGAAUGUGUUCCUAAUGUUUUGUACACUCUCUGUAUGUAUGUAUAUAUAUAUAUAUAUAUAUAUCACUCUUCUGUCAACGGCCUUGAAAACUAAAGACCUGGAAAUCGCAGUGCCACUCCUAGGUCUUCUUUCCAUCCUUUGUUUCUUUGUGUUAGAAGUCUGGUACUGUUACCAGCACAGACUGCAUUGUGUUGCAGUAGCAAAGGUGUUUUGCAUUUGCAAUGCUCUAUCGUGAGCUCAGUCUGUACAUACAUGCAGUUUCGUACAAUACGUUCUCUAAUUUCGCGAGCACUUUAUGGAUGUGUUUAGAUUUGAGGUGUGAGUGUGCACACAUGCUCAGAGCUUCUUUGUGGGAGCUGUGUGUUUGUGUGGGAGGGUAGGCUCUCAGCUCUAUAUGUGUGUGUGUGUGUGUGUGUGUGUGUGUGUGUUUGUGUGUGUGUGUGUGUGUGUGGUGCUUCUUUAGAGAGCUGGUGUUUGUUUCUGUUGAGUCAGGGUAUCAGAGGUUUAUGCGCCUCGCUUCUCUGCAGUCGUUUAAAGAGCUGUCAUCAAAAUGCUUUUCAUCAUGGAUAUUCAGGGUAAACAUCUCUCUCUCUCCAUUUCCUACUCCCUCCCCCACUCCUUUGUGAACUCUACUGCUGGAUCCAUUAGAACCAGGCUCAACAGAGAACUCCUACAUAUCUUGGUUAUAUUCUUGAUUGAAAUGUUGAGGGUUAGUGUGUAAAGGGUUAGUGUGAAUGGUCUAGUAUGACCUCAGCCAGUCAAUAUGAUUGGUCCACUAGUUCUGGUCCAAUGGGCACAGACUUGUCUGGUGUGGUUGUCUCUGGACAGAGAGAUAGUCUGGGCAUUAUGUGUUGUUCUGUCCAGCUUAAAGAGUCAUGGGUCCUACUGCAUUAAAAUCCCCCACAGGUCAGUCGUGCUCAGGGCACGAAACGAUUGCCUUGAGUUUGGUUUGGUGGGCUAGAGAUGGGAUGAGAGGCAAACAGACAGACUCUGAGCUGGAUUAAAGAGCCAUCUUCAGUUCAGUGGGUUUUCUCAUUUGUUUGCCAUCAUGUGAGAAGCAGGGAAAACCAGAUCAAAACCAUUAGUAUGUUUCUGGUGGCUUUACGUCAUUAAUGGAGUGGUUCAUUCUUACUGACAGGUGUGAAGUGGAAACUGGUGACUUGACUGGCUCACUGUUUCUAGGGAACAUUUUUGACUGCAGUGUUGUCAUAGAAGACUACAAAAAAAAUGGACAGUAGGGACACAGCUAAUGUUAAAUUCAGAUAACAUUUUAAAGUCUUUCAGUCAGAAGUAGUUGGAUGGUGUCCUGACCAUUAUUGUCAACCCCUGCAUAGGUAUGGGUGGUCUGAGCAAAGAAAAUAAAAGUGAUUGAAGAACAAAAGAGGAGGGAGAUGAAAAGGGAGAAAUACAGCAAUGUUCAGGUAAUUGCUCCUCUAUCCCCUGGCGUUUUCCUCAUUAAAUGCCAUUCAUGUUUGUUCUUGCUGUGUAAUUAACUGGCAGCGACGUGUUUCUCGAUACCACAGCGGGAUUGGUCGGUUUGGUUCGGACGAGGCCGGGGGAACCGAGGUCAUUGGACGAUGCUUUCGAUGGCGGAGGUGCAAGCGCUGUAUCCAUGCAAGGGGCUUCUACUCAGAGAGAGAGAGAGAGAGAGAGAGAGAGAGAGAGGGACAGAGGGAGAGCGAGAAAGAGAGGGAGAGAGAGACAGAAAGGGAGAGAGAGAAAGGGGCGAGGAGAUAGAGGCCAAAUCAAACCCAGGGUCUUGUUAAGUCCCUCAUUUGUGUCCACACAGCUAGGCAGGGAGGGAGUACAUCUCUCUCUCUCUCUCUCUCUCUCUCUCUCUCUCUCUCUCUCUCUCUCUUCUCUCUCUCUCUUCUCUCAUUCCAUUUAUCUUGCUCUCUCUCACUUACCAAAUUUCAUUUACAAUAUCAGCUCCAUUAUCACCCUACGACCUGUGAGUAUUUGCUUUCACUGGGCAGUGCUGAUAUACUCCAAGCCCAUAUGUGUGUGUGUGUGUGUACGUGUGUGUGUGUCCUCCUGUGGGAGUGCAUCAGACUGUGGACGUGUUUAGGGUCCAGAUGCUCUUCUCUAACCUGCAGUGUUAGUGUGUGUCUGUUCUCAUUUACAUAUACAGACACCAUAAGGACGGCCAGACCACUCCCCCAUCGGCCAUUCUUGUACAACAGGGCAAAUGCUUAAUGAUGGCGUUUUUAUUUCUUAACAAUCUCCCCUCUCUUUAACUCUCUUAUUUAUGAACGUUAGUGUGGACUGUGAAGUCAGUCUCUCACUGUACGUGUCAUAGGCGGUUGGAGUGUUGAAAUAUGCCUUUGAAUAUUGUAGGUGUGAAGUCUAUCAUCCUCAUUGUGCUAACAUAGUCUAUUUUAUCCUUGGAUUUGCAAGACCAGUAUAGAGUUUAUCACUCCUCCAUAACGUGUACUUCUUUGUGGAUUUGAUGCAACACAAAUACAAAUAUGGUUUCUCUGAAUAUUUGAGGUAAAAUGUGUUCCUGUUCCUGUGUAGAUGAGUGUGUCUGUGUGUGUAGCUGUCUGUGUGUGUAGCUGUGGAGUGUUGAGCGGUUUGUUUCCCUGUGGAUGUGGAUAAUGUGAUGGGCUGUCUGAAUGACUCCUGGAGGGAUACCAGGCCUUUCUCUAGGCCCACAUAUUGGAUUUUGCGGUGAUGAAUGUGCUGUGUGGAGAGACUACGGUCGAUUCUCCAUCACCAGGAAGUUAACAUCGGUCGUGUGGACAGCACAGGAAAGGGGUCAACACUGUGGAGAAGGUAGAGGUUGUUCCUAUUAUUUGUCCUGGAACAGAGAUGUUUUGACUCUGUAAUGGUAAAAGUUUGAAAUAGGAAAUGGGUAAUCUGAUCCUAGGUAUGUGGUCAUAGGGGAAGCUCAUACAGUCACUAGCUGAUGUUUAUGGCAUAAUUUUAGUUAGCUGGAUCUCUGACUUACUCCAUGCCAGAUAGAGGAGCAAUUCCAUCCUUUAGUCAAAUAUUUUGUUGAAUUUCUAGUACAUGGAAACUCUGGAAAGGUGUCCAUUCAAAUUAUUGCUUCAUGACGCAUACAUUUUUUCAUUUACCUUUUAGGGUAAAAUGGUGGCGUGGUGGCUAGUUCCCCAGGUGUUGGCUGGUAUUCACAGUUCACCUGAUGAUGUCACUACACUAUAAUGUGAUUUGCCUGCAGACAGAGGUUAUGGCCCUUUCAUGUUCCCCUCUCACGGUUCUGUUGUGAUGGUGAAGUCAUAUAUAUUCUCUGUCCAGGUGCAGGCCUGAGGGGGUUAAACUGAUAUCGCCUCUCCCUCCCCUCCCCCUCGCCUCUCCUCCUCCACCUGUGACCUUGAAGGAGGUAGAAGGGGGGGGGGGGGGGGGCAGGGGUAUCCAUGUGGUUACCAUGGUGAGGUCUGUCCGACCAGCUCAGGCUGAUACUGUGACAGUGACACUCAAGGUUUAGAUCAGAGGAGAGAAGGAAAAGAAAGAGAGAGCGAAGGAGCGAGAAGGAGAGAGAACAGAGAAGGUGCAAGAAGGAGAGAGAAGGAGAGAGAACAAAGAAGGUGAGAGAAGGAGAGAACAGGAGGUAGGAGAGAGAGAAGGAUAGAGAACAAAGAGGUUGAAGAAGGAGAGAGAAGGAGAGAGAAGAGAAGGAGAGAAUGAGAGAAGAGAGAUAGAUAGAGAAAGAGAACAGAAGAAUUACAGAGAAGUGAGAGAGAUAGAAUGAGAGAAGGAGAUAUAACAGAGAAGCUAAAGAGAGGAGCUGAGAGAAGAGAGAACACUAAAUGAUAAGAAGGAGAGAACAUAAGGUAGAAGCAGAGAAGGAGAGAAGAGAGAAAAGAGAAGGGGUGGAGAAGGGCGGAAAAGAGAGAAAGGAAAGAGAGAACAAGAAGGGAAAAAGGGAGAGAAAAAGGAGAAAACGGUAAAGAAGGAGGGCAAAAGGUGAGAGAAGGGCAAGAAGGGAAGAAGAAGAAAACAGAAAAGGUGAGAGAAGGACAGAGAAGGAGAGAAGGAGAGAGAACAAAAAGGAAAAGAAGGAAGAGAACAGAAGAAGGAGCGGAAAAAGGAGAGAAAAGAGAAUUGGGAAAGGGGAGAAGGAGAGAAAGGAGGGAGAUAGAAGAAAGAAGGAGAAAAGGGGAGAGAAGGAGAAAGUUAGGAGAAGGAAAGAAGGAGAGAGAAGGGGAGAAAAAGGAGAGGAGAAGGAACCAGAGAAGGGAAUGAAGGAAGAGAAAGAUAGAGAAAAGAAGGAAGAAAGGUGAAAGAUGAAAAGAGAAGGAGAAGGAGAAGAAAAAAAGAUUUAUACAAGGAGAGAGAAGGAGACGAGAGAGGAGAGCUGAACCAAGCAAGUACAAGAGAAGUCGGAAAGAAAUUAGUAAAUUGGUAAAAAGGAGAUUUAGAGUGAAAGAGCAAUAGAGAGAGAGAGAGAGCACUGCAGCCCUGAUGGAGUCCAUCAACACAAACAGCCCAUGUGAAAAUUCCACUGGGUCUCCAUGGUAACGGAGCGUACCACCUGAAGCUGAGAUGUUUGACCCAGGGCAGGAGUGGCCUGAGGGGCUGUGGCAGAGAGGCAGGGUCACUGGACCAGUCUGGUGUGGGCACUCUGUGAACAGGCUUUUCUCUUGAAGUCAUCACUCUCACAGAGGACUGGGAGGGAGGAGGAGGGGAGGAAAGGAGGAGGAGGGAGGAGGAGGGAGGAGGAGGGGAGCAGGGAGCUCCAGCGCAACUCAUAAUUCAUUUCUCUCCACAGGCAGAGGCAAGCUGUCGCUGCUAUGAUGUGCGCGCGCACACACUUGUGGCUCACGCUAUGACUUAUUAAUGAGAAGAUAUUGGGUUUUACCUGUGUGAUCUCUUGCAGUACUUAAGACUCAAUCCCUUUCUCUCACUCUCUCUCUUGCAGCCCAAGGUGCCCAAUUCAGACUGGCGUUACUCUGCCUCACUUAGGACUGGGAUGCAGAGGUAAGCACAUAUAACCGUUUACCAUUCCUCAAUAAGUGUACACUGUCCAUAAGAAUGAUCAUUCAUAAUUCAUCAGUAUUCCAUUCCUCGUAAUCCCUCAUAAAUCAAAACUACUCUACCCAUUCCCCUUCACCAAAGGUACCACUCAUAAUGCUGCUUGUUUAAAAUGGUACCAAACCCCAUUGAACUACAGAAGAAUUUCCUUCUCAGCCAAUACAUUACAAUUAAACCAGAUAUAUAUCCAUUUUACAGUCUUCUAUCAGCUUGGCCAUUAGACAGUGGUAGACAGACAGAGAGCGAGGGGUGAUCAGAGGGUCAGUGAAAGACAGAAGAGGGGAUGGAGAGGGGGAUGAAAGGGAAAGGCAGUCAGGUGGAAAUAUGGCCUGUCAGGACAUUGGGAAUGCACAAUGCAACGCAGGGAUCACAUUACCCAUGAGCCAUUGGGCCACUAGCUGCUCUGGGAUGGUCUGAGCCUGACCCAAACGAGGAGCAUGCUAAUGAGAGGGAGGGACCAAGUUAACAAGCACAGCCAGCCAUAAGGAGACGGGCGAACCACAUCGCCCACUGCACUGCGCCCGGGCCAUCUCAUAGCACACACACACACACAGUCUGCAGUGCCGAUCUCAUGAACGGAGGAUGACUGGCGGACCAGUCCCUCUGUCGGGAAAAAACAGAAGUAGGUCAUCUGCCACCGCCCUUCACAAACACACACAAAAGUCUGUCCCUCCGGCCAUGGCGGACAGCAUUGUGAAAAUGAUGAGGGACAUGAGAGAUGACAGAACUGAUGGCGCUUUCACUGCUCCCUGUAAACAACGUCUGUCUGUCUGUCUUGUCUGUCCUACUGUCUGGUCGGAGACAUGCUGCUUUAUCAGGGUAAGCUAGUGCUGAGCGAUUAACCAAAGUUUAUUUUCCCCCCGAUUAUUAAACAGCUAACUAACCGACUUCGGUUCAAUUACUUGAAUUCCAUUUAGUUCUAGUUUUUUUUUGUGAGCUCAACGCACUGUUUCUCUAGAGAGAAAUCCUAUUAAGCAGAGAGACAUCAAAUCAAGAAGGAACUGCGGGACACUGUAGGGAGUUUUCAAUAGGCAAACAUUCUACCUAGUUCAGCGCAGAAAACGUGGUAAUUAACUACAAUGACCAGAAUCCUUUGCGCCUAUUCUUCCCUGCACUGCACACAGACCGCAUGAGAGAGGAAUGUACACAACACAGGGACUACUAGAGGGAUAGAGACCAUUUGUGAGGUAGCUCUACCCAGUUGAUAGUUGUAGCAGUCUUGAAAGUAUGCCUUAUCUACUUAGAAGAACUACUAAAAUUGUGAUUUCGUCAGACAGCUCUGCAGCAUGGGCAGGUUUGGCAACCCAAUGAUCACGGGCUAUCCUUUUCGCUAGCCAAGGGGAGCUUGGCUCGUUGGGGAGCACAGAGAUAAUGUUAGAUGGUUGUCUGGCUGCUACUGCCUUAGCUGAGAUGAUGACUUUAAGAAAUGAAAUAAUAAAGUCAUAUAAAAUAAUAAUAUACACAACUGAAAUAUUUUGUUUAAGGAAAGUAAUGUGAAUAAAUGAUGGUUAAUAAGCGAUAAGCAGUAAUGGGCAGUCACUACCAUCAUGGGACUUUUAUUAAUUGCUUUAUUCUGUGUUAGAGACAAUGGAAUGUUUUCAAUGUUUUGGCAAUUGAACGUUCUCAAUAUUUGGGUUUGGAAUUUCAAUUAAUAAGCUCUAAAAUAAUUUCAAGGUCAUAUUUCAUAAUGCAUUUAAUGUAAAAAUAAGUCAUCCAAACCGAAAUCGAAAACCGCAAUAAAUGUUUACAAACCGAAGCGAAACCGAAGCGAAACCGAAGCGAAACCGAACUGUCUAGUGCUGACUAGGGUCAGCACUAGGGUCAGCACUAGGGUCAGCACUAGGGUCAGCACUAUUUGUCUAUGUUUUAUGAGUUAUCAUUUAAUGUUGUAUGUCUCCGUCUACAGUAUAUGUCUCAUGCUACGAGUACAUCAGUGUGUGUGUUUGUGUGUCAGAUUAAUACGAGUGUCACAUCUGGUACACAGAUUCCCUCGUAAUUACUGCAGGGUUUAAUGAGAGUUAAUGUGCUUUAGCAAAUCAUUCUAAUACAUUGAAUUUCUCGUUACUUUAGCAUGGAGCCCUACUUUAUCCAUUCAUCCCUCCCUCCCUCCCUCCCUCCCUCCCUCCCUCCCUCCCUCCCUCCCUCCCUCCCUCCCUCCCUCCCUCCCUCCCUCCCUCCUCUCUAUCCCCUCCUCCGUCCUCCUCUCUUCCCCUCCUUCCCUCCUCCUCUCUCUCCUCCUCCUUCCCUCCUCCUCUCUCUCCCCUCCUCCUCUCUCUCCUCCUCCUUCCCUCCUCCUCUCUCUCCCCUCCUUCCCUCCUCCUCCUCUCUUCCUCUCCCUCCCCCAAUCUGAGCUGUUGAUGUAUCUAUUUAUACUCUAGUCUAAUGAGAUUACAGUUUGCUUGAAACAUUGAGAGAUUUGAAUGUAUACCCCAAACACCAUAUGAACUUGUGUAAUGAUUUUGACCUAGUUAGUUUUACAGCCCUACAUCUAUCUCACUGUAAUUAUGAACCAUGCUAUUUAGAGGCUAGUGUGUCUAUAUGGGUAAAAAAAAAAUUUGAGGGAAAAAAGUAUUUGAUCCCCUGCUGAUUUUGUACGUUUGCUCACUGACAAAGAAAUGAUCAGUCUAUAAUUUUAAUGGUAGGUUUAUUUGAACAGUGAGAGACAGAAUAACAACAAAGAAAUCCAGAAAAACGCAUGUCAAAAAUGUUAUAAAUUGAUUUGCAGUUUAAUGAGGGAAAUAAGUAUUUGACCCCUCUGCAAAACAUUACUUAGUACUUGGUGGCAAAACCCUUGUUGGCAAUCACAGAGGUCAGACGUAUCUUGUAGUUGGCCAACAGGUUUGCACACAUCUUAGGAGGGAUUUUGUCCCACUCCUCUUUGCAGAUCUUCUCCAAGUCAUUAAGGUUUUGAGGCUGACGUUUGGCAACUCGAACCUUCAGCUCCCUCCACAGAUUUUCUAUGGGAUUAAGGUCUGGAGACUGGCUAGGCCACUCCAGGACCUUAAUGUGCUUCUUCUUGAGCCACUCCUUUGUUGCCUUGGCUGUGUGUUUUGGGUCAUUGUCAUGCUGGAAUACCCAUCCACGACCCAUUUUCAAUGCCCUGGUUGAGGGUAGGAGGUUCUCACCCAAGAUUUGACAGUACAGCCCCGGUCAUCGUUCCUUUGAUGCGGUGAAGUUGUCCUGUCCCCUUAGCAGAAAAACACCCCCAAAGCAUAAUGUUUCUACCUCCAUGUUUGACGGUGGGGAUGGUGUUCUUGGGGUCAUAGGCAGCAUUCCUCCUCCUCCAAACACGGCGAGUUGAGUUGAUGCCAAAGAGCUCCAUUUUGGUCUCAUCUGACCACAACACUUUCACCCAGUUCUCCUCUGAAUCAUUCAGAUGUUCAUUGGCAAACUUCAGACGGGCAUGUAUAUGUGCUUUCUUGAGCAGGGGGACCUUGCGGGCGCUGCAGGAUUUCAGUCCUUCACGGCGUAGUGUGUUACCAAUUGUUUUCUUGGUGACUAUGGUCCCAGCUGCCUUGAGAUCAUUGACAAGAUCCUCCCAUGUAGUUUUUGGCUGAUUCCUCACCGUUCUCAUGAGCAUUGCAACUCCACGAGGUGAGAUCUUGCAUGGAGCCCCAGGCCGAGGGAGAUUGACAGAUAUUUUGUGUUUCUUCCAUUUGCGAAUGACAUCCUUGGAGAGCUCUUUGGUCUUGGCCAUGGUGGAGAGUUUUGAAUCUGAUUGAUUGAUUGCUUCUGUGGACAGGUGUCUUUUAUACAGGUAACAAGCUGAGAUUAGCCACUGGUCCUUUGUAGCUCAGCUGGUAGAGCACGGCGCUUGUAACACCAAGGUAGUGGGUUCGAUCCCCGGGACCACCCAUACACACAAAAAAAAAGAAAUUAUGCACGCAUGACUGUAAGUCGCUUUGGAUAAAAGCGUCUGCUAAAUGGCAUAUUAUUAUUAUUAUUAGGAGCACUCACUUUAAGAGUGUGUUCCUAAUCUCAGCUCGUUACCUGUAUAAAAGACACCUGGGAGCCAGAAAUCUUUCUGAUUGAGAGGGGGUACAAUACUUAUUUCCCUCAUUAAAAUGCAAAUCAAUUUAUAACAUUUUUGACAUGCGUUUUUCUGGAUUUUUUUGUUGUUAUUCUGUCUCUCACUGUUCAAAUAAACCUACCGUUAAAAUUAUAGACUGAUCAUUUCUUUGUCAGUGGGCAAACUUACAAAAUCAGCAGGGGAUCAAAUACUUUUUUCCCUCACUGUAAGUAUGAAAGGCAAAGAGACUGCGAUCAACCUUCAGGCUCGUAGACAGACAGACAGAGAGACAGACAGACAGACUGCCUUUCAGAAAGACAAAGAGACAUUUAGAUGGACACAAGGAGAAAGUGAGACAAUGUGAGAGAGAAACAGAUACAGCCAUUAGCUGGGGGAACAUGUUUUCGGUCCCGGGUUCCCCAUUAAUAAUUGACUCCAGCUCUACACAGCACUCUACACAAAAUGGCCACCCUACCAAAUCUCUAUUAAUCUCCUUACACCACUACACAAUGACAGGAGGACCUUUAAACACACACACACACACACACACACACACACACAUUUCAAGAUAGCUAGAGGAGUGAAAAAUUGCAUAGCAAGAAAGAGAGGGAGAGGGGGAAGGGACAAAUGAAUAAAGAGAGAAUGGGGGGAGGGAGAGUGAGGGAAUCAGAUAGGAAGAGAGUGAGGAGAGGAUGGGGACCGAGCUGUGAUUGCCUGACCUUGGACGUAUAAAUGCGCACACGGACACACAUGCACACGCACACGUGCGCGCACAGACGGCCAGACAUGUGUAGAGCAUUGAGAAGAAGUGCAACUAAAAUGGUGGCUGUCCUGCUGCCUCCUACCACAAUGUUUCCCUUCCUUCUCUCUCUCUUACUUCAUAUGUUCAACUAUUAUAUAUUUACAAUACUUUAAUUUACCUCAUGGAGAACACGUCCUUGUAGCUGAACAUUGACAUUUCCGGUAUAGAGGCAGGUGAAAACGUAGAGCAUUGUCAUAUGGGCUCUGGCAGUCAAUAACAUAUUGGAGUGUGUGUCUGUGUGAGAGAAAAAUACAGUGACAGAGACAGUGAAAGAGAAAGGCAGAGCGACUAUUGCUGAAGUGGCCAAUGGUUUCUUAUCACCGGACCUCAGUGAGACUAAAUGAGACCCAGUUUUCCAGGCAGGCACUAAGGGGAGGAGAGGAGAGGGGGAUCAAACAUGGAAGAAUAGCAGCACAGGGGGAUUGAGAGAGGGAGAGCAUCGCCUUAAAACCACAUGCACAGGUUUCUAUCUUUAUCAGGAGAUGUUCUGAAACCUGGUUCCAUUCUCUAUCUGCUAACACAAUAAAGAGAAAGCCUAGAUAGAGAGUGUCUCUAAUCCUCAGUUAAAACCCUGCUCCACAUCUCACUAUUCCAAAAGGUGCUGCGCUUGAUGGAUAAACGAUACUGUAACACGCAGGUUGUUUCAAAAGCGACAUGAAAUGUACCUGAACCUUUGCAUAAUUAAACUCUGUAGUCAUGUUUUGAAGUUUGAAUAGAGGACAUUGGAUUUAGUGGAAAAUAAUCCCUUACAUUUUAAUAUGGUGGGGGUCUGUGUGUUUAAGGUUCCGUAUUUGCUGUGUUGUGGCGGCACCCUGUCUAUUUUUUUAACACACCGCAGAGAUCAGUACGUUUUAGUGGGAGGGGUGCUGAAAUCCCUGGGGUGGGCGUGAUUAAUCCUAAUCCAGGGGCCUGUUUGAGUUCCUAAAAUGGAAUUGGCUGACCUCCUCCUGAGACCCCCACUACUGACUGUAUAUACACACACACACACACACACACACACACACACACACACACACACACACACACACACACACACACACACACACACACACACACCCUGUGGUUCCCUGCCAUGGUUUAAUUUAGUAAUGCUCUGUAUUAUAGGAAAAAUGCAGAGUGAAAGAGGAUUGGGUCCACAGAAGCUUAUAGCUGCUGCCAGCUAUAAUAUUACGUUCACCCAGAAAAUGUGUGAUUUGUUUGAGAGUGAAACGGUGUGUUUGUGUGUAUGUACUAGAGAAACCCUCUCAAUGUAUACCAUCAGACUGUGUGUGUGUUAUAUUUCUAUCCAGUGUGUAACCUCAGGGUGUGUGUGUGUGUUGUUCCAGCUCAGUGCACAUGGAGGAGUCGUCGGUGAUGCAGGGAGCCCAGGGGGUUCUGGUCCAGAACUGGCCGACCGUGUCUAGCGCCGCCGGAGGUAAGAGCCAGGCCACAACCCACUCUGACCCUGACCAACCCAGACAAAGCAGAAGCAACCAGACUAAGACCAACCCAGACUAA